AUGAUCUGGCCGAUCCUGGUGACGUUGAUGUCAUCCGUCUUGGCAGCGUUGGCUAUUCAGAUACAAUGUUCCAAGAAGAAAACGGCACAACCUGCGACACCCACUGGCACCGACAGUAAGUUCUCGUGGAUGACAUACGUCGAUUUAGAUUCUAAACCUGCGGACAGCACAAGUCAAGCUGGAAGUGCCGCUCCAGAAGCCGUUGUCAAAGAGAAAGAAAAAGAAAAAGAAAAGCCGAAUUCAAGUAAAAAAGAAGACAAACAAGACGACAAACCAAAGGCUAACAACAAGGUUGGAGUUGCCGACACCCAUGAUCCCAAUUAUCAGGUACCUUUGUUUUUAUAACAUGUAACUGAAUAUGUUCAGACGAUGGCUGGGAUGGUUGAUAACUUUGGUGAGGACAAAAAGAAGAAAGAAAAGAACGACGAUGGAAAGCCCAAGGCGCCAGAAGCCGGCGGAGUUAUGGCCGACACCCAUGACCCCAAUUAUCAGGUAAAUAAAAUCGGUCGAGGCAAGUUUAUUCAUCUUAUUGUAGACUCUUGCUAAUGUUGAGGACAAAUUUGCAAAGAAAGAUGGAGCGGGACCUGCAGCUCCGGCUGAUAAGGGCGUGGCCGGAACACAUGAUCCGAAUUAUCAAACUUUGGCCAACGUUGGAGAUAACAAAGAAGUCUUUGGAAAGGAUAAGAAACAGGAUGACAAGGAUAAAGUCAAGGCUCCGGAAGACAAAGACAAGAAGGCAGGAACCCAUGAUCCUAAUUAUAUGACAAUGGCUGGCUUGGCAAAGAAUGAUGAGGUCUUUGGAAAUGAUAAGAAGGACGAAAAGAAGAAGGACAAUGAUAAAAAGAAUAAAGACGAGGAUAAGAGUAAAAAAGAGGAGGAGAAGAAGGAGGGAAAGGAUGCUCCAAAGGCCCCGGAAGACAAGAAUAAGAAAGCCGCGGUCCAGGAUCCCAAUUAUAUGACGAUGGCUGGGCUGGCAAAGAAUGACGAAGUGUUCGGAAAUGAUAAGAAGAAUGAGAAAAAGAAGGACAAAGAGAAGGGAGACGAUGACAAGAAGAAAGAAAAGGAGAAGGACAGCAAGGGAGAAGACGACAAGAAAAAAGAAGAGAAGAAGGACGAAAAAAAAGAGGACAAAAAAGAGGUAAGUUGCUUUUGUUUUUAUUGUAUUCUGAGCUGUUUAUUUAUGUUCGAAUUCAAGGAAUCUCUCUUAAGAGUACAUUUUGUAAUUAAGUUUUUAAUUUUCUAGAUUAAAGCACCCGAGGAUAAGAACAAAAAAGCACACACACAUGAUCCCAACUACAUGACCAUGGCAAACAUGGGAAAGAAUGAUGAGAUUUUCGGAAAGGGCAAGAAAGAGGACAAGAAAGAAGAAAAAAAGGAGGAAAAGAAAGAAGAAAAGAAGGAUGACAAGAAGGAGGUCGGUUAAAUCAUAUUACUUUACAUUAAUUUUUUAAAGUAGUUUCAACCGGGAUUUUUUUCUUGUUUGGGAUGUUGUACUCUGCCUAAUGCAGGUAUUUGUAGUCGAGAUAUAAUAACUGGUAGGGCCUUCUUGAAGGGGAAGUAUCCCAAGUACGACGAUCGUAUUUUGAAGAAACUUUGCACAAGUUUAGGUUAUUUUUAAGGCAUCUGCGAGACUUCUACCUCGCGCUUUGUAAAAAUAACCUCGAUUUUUAUGUCGUAAGUUGGUGAAAAUAUUAUUUUUUUGUGAAUUUUGGCCUAAAAGGUUUCAUACGCGUUUCUACCGUAGACUGCAAUUUUUCCACAAAAAAAUCAAUUUUUCCAUACUGUAUAUGACACCGCUGGCAGUCCCAAUCGUCUUUAAAUAUUUGUAGAAUAGAAGGCUGCAAAAGUUCUGUAAUCUUUCUUGAUGAAAAUAUUUUUGUAUUGAUUGCCCAGUACCCUGUAUAUUGUACAUGACAAAAAAGCCUUGAUCUCUUUCAAUUCCCAGCCCUUUUGUGCUCCCCGAAUGUCAGAUGGCGUCAUGUGAUUGUAAUUGUCCCAGGCGUUUUAUUUCAUUUACGUUUUGUCACAGCGAUAAAAGGGCAUGAGCUUUAAUUGGGAAUGCGGGGUCAUCGGCAGUUCUAAAUUGUAUUUGUUUACAUUGUAUGCGAGUCAAACCCCUGAGGGCAUGAAGUCGGGAUGUUGGAUGAGGCUUACGUCAUUCUCACGUUUUAAUUUUAGGAGAUGAGCAGGCCAAUAAAUAGUUUUAUUUUCAGAUCAAGGCCCCUGAGGACAAGAAUAAGAAGGCCCAUACUCACGAUCCCAAUUACAUGACCAUGGCUAAUAUGGGCAAGAACGACGAAGUGUUCGGCAAGGAUAAGGUGAAGGACAAGAAGGACGAGAAAAAGAAAUAAAGAUUAUAUUAUACAUGACUUAUAGCCCAUUAAAUCCGAUUUUGUAAACUUAGGAGGUAGGAAGUUGCAAGAGAUAAUUAAUUAAAAUUUGGUGUGUAAAACCCGAUGUAUUUUUAUUGGAAAGAGGUUUAUAGUACUGAUGUUAGAGAUUAAGGAAACGCGUGAACAUGAGUGCUGGUUUAAGAAAUCAGGUCCUGGAAAGCACUUUUAAAUCCACAUUUCUUUUCGUAAGAAACGUAAGAUUUCUUUGGCAGGAACAAAGAUCACCAAAUUUAGGUUACAAACAGUGGAGGAAAAGAGAAAAUAUUCAAUCUUUCCAUCUACCAGACACAGUGUAAUUUACCGAAAUAUAUCUCUGCCCUCCCUUUCCUCACACUUUCUUCAGUUUUGAGGUGUCUAAUGUAUUCAAUAUGGCAAUGUUGUUGGCCUUGCUUCUGCAUAUGUUCGUAUCCUCUUUCAUCCGCACAAUAGCUGCCUCAGGCAUUGAAUGUUUCGUAAUAUUGUUUCGUACAGAAACAGUUGGAUAUAUACUUUUUUGGAGCGGAUCUCCAUGGCGACUUUCAGGACAAAAGGUCGAGAAAGGAGCGGGCCAUCAUUCUGGAGGACAUUAUGUUAUUCUGGGUGGUCAUUUCUGUUAUUUUCGAACGCUGUUUGGCGAAAUAUGUGGAGAAAACGACAAUUACAAGUAUCACGAUCACCGGGCACUGCGUUGAAGAUGAGUUUCAUUUCAAAUGCGAGAGCGGAAAAUGUAUUCCGAUGUAUUGGCUGUGUGAUGGAGUGGCCGAUUGUCCCGAUAAAGAUGAUGAAAACCACGCAAAAUGUCGGCCCAAACCUUGGGGUGCCCCUGAUCACAAAUUUGGUGGGUCCCCUGCAAUUUUGAUGUUUCUGCAGUCUGUUUCUCUUUAGAUCUUUAUCUAACAUCUAAAAGUAAAAGUUGUCUAAAGUAGAGGCGACAAUUGGGCCGGUCCGAUUUUCGGGUCAAGGCGCGGCCCGAUUGUCACCUAUACUGUAAAGUAAUCAUUCUUUGAUCUUCUAAAGUGUCAUUCUGAAUUAGGCUGUUACUUUGGAUAAACAUUUACAAAUACACUCUGUUUCAAAAUGACAGAAGCGCAUAAAAUCAGUAAUCAGAAAUCAGUUUUUGAAAUAUUCUGAAAGGGAGUUUGUAGAAAAUAAAAUACUACCAAUCAAAAAUUUUGCAAAGGUCUGCCCCAUACAUCUAUGCUUUCAGCUUUAACGUACAUUCAAUCAGGCUCUAGAAACUUUGUUUUGAAGUGUCAAAAAAAUGGCGGAAAACUUUUGAAUCAACCUAAUAAAUAUAAUAGUUUCUUAUUGAAUUUCCUGUUUAUAGUUCGAGGAGGCUGUCCGGCGCGUCAAUUCGAAUGCAAGGAUCUUUUUGGAAAUAUAAGAUGUGUCCUGGAGGAAUGGCUAUGUGAUAAUCAACAAGAUUGUGCGGACGGAUUGGACGAAAUGUAUUGUAAUAUAAAUUCAACCACAGAACAAUCAGAAAAAGAGACUGAUCCAGUUGAAAAGCAAAACAAAAUAAUUCCAAGCUUGAAGAUGUCCCCUCAACAAUCUACAGUCUCAUCUGCAGCCAGUAGAAGAUCGUGCAAUGGAAAUGAAUACGAGUGCUCGAAUGGGGCUUGUAUCGCUAAGAGUUCGUUGUGUAAUGGCCAGAAAGAGUGUCCAGAUGGAGGGGACGAGAUGUUCUGUGCAACUACUGCAAAGGGUGAGUCUCUACCGUAAAAUUACUCUAAAAAAGUGCGAAAUUUUUGAUCGUUUACAUUUGUUGCACGAGUAUUUGUGAGCAGAUUCGUAAUGAGCGAAGAUUCGACGGGGUCUUGGCCUUUUCCCACAUUUGUGUUCACAAAAAUGGCUGACAUAUCGUGCAAAACAUACACCUGAUAUUUGAGGAUUGUUUACAAGUCUCUUUGUGGCAUUACAGCGACCACAGUAAAAGUACAAGCGAAGGCCGUUACAAAGUUUGCGAAAGAAUUAAGGGUUUUUGUCCGGGUCAUGGGUUUCUUUUGUUCUGAUGUCGUGUUAGUGCGGGGUUUACUGUAGGUCGGAAAAUGGCGUAAUUCCCCCCGAGAUUUGCAUGCAAAACAGCGUGCCAUUUGAAGACCUUCUUCGUUAAGUCUCCAAUUUUUAUUGAGGGUUUACUGACCAUUACGUAGUAAAGGCUACCAUUCAAGACUACUAAUUACAGCCUUCCGAUUACUCAUAUUUCGUGACAUUUCCCGAAGAUUCGUAGUUUUUUGUACCCAUUUUUUUGGAAUUUGGGCUCUUUUUACGAUUCCCUAAGGCUGUAUUACUGUAAAGGAGAGCAGAAUAACCGGUUUACUUUUUCGAUUGCUUGCAGUAGAAGUUUGAUAAAUGAUUUCCCCAAUUUUUAUUGUGGUUUGUUUUUGUUUUAAUUGUAUUUCUCGCGAAGUAACCUGUUUGCAGUCAAAGUUUACAAGAUUGUAUUAUAUUUGUCUGAGAGUUUCCGUAAAACCACCCUCACAACUUUCCGAAGCCACCCUCACAACUUCAAUAUGCAGUGAGAAAGAGAGUUGUUGUUGCUACAAUUGCUUUUUCUAAAAGUUUUUGUUUAGUUAGUCCAGUCAAUCCGUCCAAUCAGCAAGCUCCAGUGAGUCCCUCAAGUAGAUCUAGUUCCUUAUUCUCCUCAAAAAAGGCGUCUACAACAGGUUUAAGCCCAGUGAAAUCGGUCUCCCACAAUAUUCUCGCCUUGCCCAGCCUAUUUUUGCCUGUAACCCAGAAAUCAAAGGCUGAAUCAGCCUCUCCUGCCAAUAUUGUCUCCACACUGGACACUUCUCAAACCGUCAGUGCCAUCGCUAAUAAGCCAAUCAGGAUCCAUUUCUUCAGCCAUUCCACUAAGAAGAUGCCCACGACGUCAACAACACAAAAAACUUUGUAG